AUGACCAACGCGAAAACUGUUGUUAUUCUCGGUGCAGGAUGGGCGGGUUUACCACUCGCCCAUAAGCUACUCAAAUACACCUCCUCAAAGACGGCCCUCAAAGUUAUUCUGGUAUCGCCAAACAGCCAUUUCUUCUGGAAUGUAGCGGCUACCAGAGGCCUGAUUCCUGGAAUAAUACCGGAUACAUCUAUGUUUAUCCCCAUUGCUACGGGAUUUGAGCAUUACCCAGUCGACACAUUCGAAUUUGUCCUCGGCAGGGCCACUGUCAUUCAAUCGUCCUCGAACUCAGUUACCAUUCUUGCGAAUAGCGGCGAAAACCGGACUUUUCAUUAUCAUCACUUGGUAAUAGCAACAGGCUCAAGCAUAGCCAGCGGACUACCACUAAAACCUAUCGGUACUCAUGAGGAGACCCUCACCGCGUGGCAUGAGCUGCAAGCGAGAGUCAGCAGCGCGAGAGACAUUGUCAUUGCGGGUGCAGGUCCAACUGGUGUUGAAGUGGCGGGAGAACUAGCCGCCAAGUUUGGAAAACUGAAAAAGGUCACACUAAUUAUGAAUGGGGAUUUCCCACUGGAGAGCUCCAAGGACCUGCUGCCCUCAGUUCGAACGACUCUAGACAAAGACCUACAAAAGCUUGGUGUCAAGCUAAUCCGCAAAACACGUGUAAAAGAAGUUAGUAUUGGUAACGAUGGCACGACGCAACUUUUGAUUCUGGACAAUGGUUCAAAAGUUGUUGCUGAUUUAUUUCUUCCAUUGCAUGGGAUUCAAUUAAACAAUACCUUCAUACCCGACAACUUCCUUGACUCUCAAGGCAACGUAAACCUCGAUGGCAAUAUGCGAGUGGUCGGUACAGAGAAUGUUUGGGCCAUUGGUGAUGUGAGUAAUGCUGGGCCAAAGCAGCUCACAGUUACGGAUGGCCAGAUAAUUUACCUAGCUGACGCAUUGGAUGCUGCCUUGACGACGAAAGGGCCUGUCGCACCUUACCAGCCUGUAAGCAAAACGAUGAUCUUCCUAUCGCUGGGGAAGAAGUACGCAACUGGGCAGAUUGGUAGCUGGAGAUUGUGGGGAAUAUUGGUAUCGUACAUCAAGGGUAGAAACUUGUUCGUUGAUACCGCAGAUGGAUAUGUCAGUGGAAAGCACCUUAGGCAUGCAGCAAUGUAA